CUAUUGGACACGAAAGGGAUACUUAGAAUAUUACAAGCAUGCUGAGAAGGAUUUGUUUUCAAAAGUGAUUAUAUGUUGACGAUUUGCACACCUAGAAAAUCAUUUGACAGAUUAACUUGCGGUUAUUAUAUUAUCAUAUCAACCUGCCAAAUGAUGAAGUGUCUUUAAAAUAUAGAAACUGUUUAAUAUAUGCCUGUCAAUGCCCAAUCGGUAUCUUUAAAAUUGGAAUAAUCUCAAAAGGAAUAUGGAGGAAUCUACUAAAUGUGUUAAAAUUGAAUCAUCGAAAGACGAAGACUGUGAUGCAUCAGAAAAAAGACUGGCGUGUAGUGAUAGAAUGGAGGAAGGGGAUAUUCAGAAAAAUCACAACCACGCUGAGACAGAUACAAUCAAACAUGACAAUUGUGUAAAGAGUGAAAAUCUGACUUUUCCCGUGUCAAACCGAGCUAAAGCUUCCUUCCUCAUCACAGAUAUCCUCUCACCAGAAAGAACAAGGGUACAACCAGAAAGGGGGGAGAGUGUAGUGCGCAGCGACGAGAAUGCACACCAAAGACUAGACAUGUACUCCCGAGUCGGUCGUACUUCAUUUAACACAGAGACUUUUGAUGAGCUUGUCAAGCGAAAAUACGAUAUCAAAAGGUCUUACGAUGAUACAGAUUUGGUGUCCGAGCCCUCAUCGCCAGCUUCUCAAAGCGAACAAUGUGAAAAUUUAGAUGAUGAAGACAGCGCAACUGCUGGUUGUUCGAAGCACAAAAAACCUAGAAAGGCAAGGACAGCUUUCACAGAUCAUCAGCUGAAUUGUUUAGAAAAAAGUUUUGAGCGACAGAAAUAUUUAAGUGUGCAGGAUAGGAUGGAACUAGCGGCUAAACUGAACUUAACUGACACACAAGUAAAGACAUGGUACCAAAACAGAAGGACGAAAUGGAAACGGCAAACAGCAGUUGGGCUGGAACUUCUCGCAGAAGCAGGAAAUUAUACUGCCUUUCAACGAAUGAUGCAGUCUAGCACCUACUGGUCUCCAUAUCACCAACAAACGGCCAGAAUUCUAUCCACAAUUGAUCCAUAUUACUUCCGCUCAGCCAGCACAUCACUUCCGUCUGCACAGAAUCCACUUUUGACAAGAAUGUUUGGACUGCAAUCGUCACUUGGAAAUCUUCCCUCAUAGUUUUCACUUUCUGAGGAACGGAAUUAGUAUUUUUCAUUUUCACAUCGACGUUUAUAAUCUUUUGUAAAUAUAUACAUGUAUAUUAAAUCAAUUUCCAUGAAAUGUUGUAAAUAGAUUGUAUUAUUCUAUUAUGACUAUGAACAUUAUUUAUUUAUUUUAUGUAGAUGAUUUCAAAAAUUAUUUAUUAUGAAAAUAAAUAUUUUACCUGA